AUGAACGAUGUCGACACGGAUAUUACAGUUGAGGAAAUUAUUGAGUAUGGUGAGGUUAUGGGCCCACACGUAAAUAAAAUCAAAAUGAUCCAAGCGCGGUGUUUUAAUCGCAAAGUUUACGACGAAAAAACCAAAGAGUUUAAGUUCGUUCCGUCGAAAACCGUCCUACUGACCUUUCAGGGUACAGUCCUCCCUCAAAGAGUAGCGGUCUACAAAGGGUCAAGUCCUAUUCGUCCUUACUUUCCGAAUCCUCGUAUAUGUAUGAAAUGCUUUAGGUUUGGCCACAUCGCCAAAAACUGUCGCUCUCAACCACGAUGCAAGUCCUGCGGGGAAAACACUACCCAUGACAUAUCAAACCCUUGUCCAAACACUUCAAACACACCAAAAUGUGUAAACUGCUCUGGUCCUCAUCUAGCUACAUUCAAGGAUUGUCCGGAAUUCACCUUUCAAAAGGAAAUCCGUACUUACGCUACUAUACACAGACUCUCCUUCAUUGAAGCAAAAGCUAUCCUUCGACCUAGAAACACAGGUGCAACCCCGAACUCUUUUAAUUUCUCAAAUUUUCCACAGCUUGGAGAAAUCCCAGCUCCUUCUUUGACAAAUCAAAACUCUUCUCAACUUUUUUCAGACAUCACAAACCUCUCAUCUCAAAAACGGAGAAGUCCCAUGAUUGGACCUGCCACCCAAAAAAUUGGCACGCCCCAGUCACGGAAAAGAACUAACUCCUUCUACGCAACACAAUGGAACAAUGGUAGAGACGGUAGCGAUCUUCCUAAUGGUUUUACCCUCUCUGCUUCUCGUUCCAUGUCUAAUCCUUCAACAUCUAUUGAUCAAACUUCCAACCAUGAAUCCUUCCCUUCAAUCCUAAUCUCCAUGAUCAAAGAUCAUGUCACACAACUUUCAUCCAGUUCUUCACCAGAAAAAACUAAACACAACGAAAGUCUACUUAAUACUAUUAUAGAAAGCAUUCCCUUAUUGUUCAACUCCGUAAACAACAACAUUAAUGGAUCAAUUGUCUAA